AUGGCGUCCACAGGCAUCACCAAGCGCGAAGCGCUGGCCUUCCGCAAAGGCGUCGUCAACGGCAAAGAAAUGACCCCUCAAGAGCGCGAAGCCAUGUUGAAGCCGUUUCUGCCACCAGCACCCGUCAAGACGUCCUCCCCCGACCGCUCCACCCUCAAAUCCCCAAAGAGCCCCAAGCUCUCACAGCGCACCACUCCCAAACCGAAACCUAAGCCCACGCCUGUCCGCGCCCUUCUACACUUCCUCCUCUACUCUAUUAUCUCUUUCAUCUUCAGCAUAUUCUUUCGCUUCCGCCGCUCGUGGAGGUUGUUUACGUACAAGGUGCGCGGCGUGCUGAGGCAUCACCACCACACGCCAGAGUGGAUUGUCAACGAUGUCAAGAACGUGGAGCAGUUGCCGAAGCACGUCAGCGUUGUCCUGGACCACCGAGAAGACGAUGAAGACCAGGGCAACGCAGGGCUGGAGGGUCUCGUCCAGGACGCGUGCGAGAUAGCAGCUUGGACAGCGAGCGCAGGUAUUCCACUGCUCAGCAUUUACGAGCGCACUGGCGUCCUAAAGAACUACGUCCCCCAACUCCACGCCGCCAUCCAGAAAAACCUCGAAUCAUACUUCGGCACCCGUCGCCGCCCCACUCUCACCGUCAAAGCCCCGCACACCAUAUCCUACUCCCCGCCGGGCACACCCUCGAGCGAGCCCACCGAAAACGGCUCCACGACCUCGCGCCCGCAUCUCACAGUGCUUCUCCUUUCCGAACACGACGGCCGCGACACCCUGGUCGACUUGACCGUCACACUGUCUGCCAUGGCGCAAAAAGGCGACAUCAGGAAAGAGCAGAUUGACAUGAACCUCGUCAACGCUGAAUUGAGCGACUACGUCAGCUCUGAGCCCGAUUUGCUCGUGCUGUUCAGUCCUACCGUCGUACUGAAAGGAUAUCCACCGUGGCAGUUGAGGUUGACGGAGAUAUUCCAUUUGCCUGAUAACAAGGGUGUCAACUAUCAGGUCUUCCUCAAAGCGCUGAAGCAGUUUGGGAAGGCGGAGUUCAGGGUGGGCAAGUAG